GGUAGAGGAGUUGAUUGAGUGUAUUCUUUCAUCAAAUAUUGAUUCCUUGAAGACUUAUUCCCUAUACCAUCCUCUGAAGGCUUCUGCAUGUGUUUAGAAGGACUGCUGAAGCCUGGAAGUCCCCUCCCCUUCCCCCUCCCCCCUUUGCCGCUUUGUGGCAUCCCCCUCCCUCCACCCUUUCCCACUCUGAUAAUCUGGCCAUGACUAGCAGAAGCACAGCUAGGCCCAAUGGGCAGCCCCAGGCCAGCAAAAUAUGCCAGUUCAAAUUGGUCCUGCUGGGGGAAUCUGCAGUGGGGAAGUCUAGCCUGGUAUUACGUUUUGUCAAAGGGCAGUUCCAUGAGUACCAGGAGAGCACCAUUGGAGCGGCCUUCCUCACCCAGUCCGUUUGUCUAGAUGAUACAACAGUCAAGUUUGAGAUCUGGGAUACAGCUGGGCAGGAGCGAUAUCACAGCUUAGCCCCCAUGUACUACAGGGGUGCCCAAGCUGCAAUCGUGGUUUAUGACAUUACUAAUCAGGAAACCUUUGCCCGAGCGAAGACAUGGGUCAAGGAACUACAGCGACAGGCCAGUCCUAGCAUCGUUAUUGCCCUAGCGGGGAACAAAGCUGACCUGGCCAACAAGCGCAUGGUGGAGUAUGAAGAGGCCCAGGCAUACGCAGAUGACAACAGCUUAUUGUUUAUGGAGACUUCAGCCAAGACGGCUAUGAACGUGAAUGAUCUCUUCCUGGCAAUAGCUAAGAAGUUGCCAAAGAGUGAACCCCAGAAUCUGGGGGGUGCAGCAGGCCGAAGCCGGGGUGUGGAUCUCCAUGAGCAGUCCCAGCAGAACAAGAGCCAGUGUUGUAGCAACUGAGGGGGUGGCUAGCAGCAAACAAGUAUGGAGCUAGCACGAGAGCUAAGAAAUAUCCUCCAUCCCCACCCCUGAGCACACAGCCCCUACGGUAACAGCACACAGAGCCCUGGCUCUCAAGGGCUGCCUCCUGACAGCUCCGUCAUGGCACUUUUUAACGCUUCAGCAACCAACACCAGGCAGCUGUUGCCACUGGCCUCCUACCCCCUACUCUGGGGCUUGGGGUGCAGAUUCCCCCAGGACUUACCUUCCAAAACAAACUUUCUUCACUUUGUAUUAUAGGUGCAAGACAGUGACCUUAUCUUCCCUCCUCCUCCCCUGUGUUCCUCCUCAUUUUUUCAAAAAACACUUGUCUCCUGCCCCUACCCCCCUUUGUGCUUUUGGUCAAUCCUUGUUCUUGAUCCUCUUUUCUUCCUCUUCCCAGGAUGGAGAAAGUGGUGAACCAAGGAAUUGAGGAAAGAGGUUUCCAGUUCAAUCACAUUAAGGGCCCUGGGGAGGGGUAGGCUCAGAGCGGGAGGGAGUAAGGAAACAGUUCCUUUUUGUUUUUAUUUGGUUGGAGUUUCUCAUAUUUGAAAACAUGCAGUAUCCAUGAGUUGGCUUUGUUCCUACAUAGAGGUAAGAAUGGAGAGGCAAGCUCACAGGCACCAGGUGGGAGUCACGUUGUUAGCUAACUAGGUGGAGGUGGAGGUCCAUUUUCAUCUGCCACUCUGGAACUCUUCCAAGGCCCAAUUUCCCUUCACCCGGCCUCUUAGGUAGCUUCACCCCUAUAGUGGGGAUCAGACCCCAGAGUCCUCCAAAGAAUCUUCACUGGUUGCCUGUAUCUUUGGCUCUGCUGUGAUCUAAUUGGAGGACGGACCAGUUUCUGAUACCCAUCCUCUGGUUUAUACAUAUGCAUUUUUCCCCCUUUGGCCUUUAGAUGGCCUCAGCCCAGCCACCAUAUCUCCCAGCAGUUUGCACUUUAAUUGAUGGUAGUUCAGUUGGGAUACUUAUUUUAUGGGGAUUUUGAUUGAUUUACUUUCCCUUCCACUUUCUUUUUAAUUAAACGGAAUCUGAGGUAUAUAUGAGGUUUUGAGAGGGGCUAUAGAGAACAGCACCAGUGGCAGCUACUCAAGCCCAAUUUCCACUGCUAGUUUCCUCCAACUGAUUCUUAACCUACAUUCUUGCCAACCUGGCUCUUGAGUAUAGAUUCGCCUUUUCUGGAGAAUUAACUGAGCCUCUGGGGAGUGGUCUCAGGAUAGCAUAAGCCAAGGUAGGGGAGGAAAGAAGAGUCAAGCAAAAGGGAGGAGUUUCCUUUCCCAGGGUUCACAUUCAAUUCGAUAUCCAUUACCAUGUCUUUUCUACUUCCCUGUAAAUAAGUAUGAUCUUUAUUCCCACUUUAUAGUCUGUUCUGUCCCCUGCCUCUCAUCAGGCCCUAUUUUUUUCCUUUGUUAAUAUCUUGAGUUUAGUCCCUUGAUCCUUAUCCCCAUAGCCCCCACCCAUACCAUGCAACCAGUGGUUUAGUCCUGUACCACUAGGGGCUAGUACCACAGAGGCCCACUUGUGGCCUCCUCAUAUCUUACCACCUGUUCCUGUGGACAGGGAAUAACUAGCACUGAAGGUCAUCACAUCUGUUUCACAUCAUCAGAGGACCUUGGUCCUUUCUAAAUGUAUAGCCUCUCUUCGUAUGCCUCAUCGGGUGUUUUAGGAUGUCUGUGGGAAGCCAUCAAGGCAAGAGAGAACUCUUAAGUUCAUUCUUGUUCCACCCCAGAGUUCUGGGAAAAUUUGGGGAAGCAAGAGAGGAAAGGCCACAGUGACGUGGGAUUGGAACCUUUCUCCUUUUGGCUCACAGACUGCCUUCUGCCCCAGAGCAGCUGAGAAAUCCAUGAAGCUGAGAUUCUGAAGGACCCAGCUUAGGUUCUUCCACUUAAGCGUUAAUUCCCUUACUUUUCCAGGGGCAGCCUUAGUUCCCAUGGCCCUGAAGCACACAUAGAUUUUCCCCUUCCUUUCUCAAAAUCCACUAGUUGCCCAAAGCACCAGUGCAUCCUUUUUACAAGUGGAAGAACUAGGAUGGCUCUCUAAGUCUCUUAGAAAUGAAGGUCUUUUUUUAUGCAGCUUUACCCAUGGAGCAAGAGUGAAGAUGUUUAUUGCCUUGGAGGUAGGGAACCAUUUCCCCAGGCUUCUUCUCCCUUCCCCCACCCCCUUAGGAUCGGCCUUAGCUUCUGGGCCCAUCUGCUGCCUUCCUUCUACUUCCUAUCAGCCCUUCAGCCUUCCUUUGAACUCUUGGGCUUGAAAAUCUUAGUUUUUUAUUUCCCACCUUUUCAAUUUUUUCUUUUGAUCAGUUUUUUUUUUUUUUUUAGGGGGUGGGGGUGUCUUUUUUUUUUUUCUUUGCUUCUAAGAAAGCAUUUGCCUUUUCUUUCCCUUUCCUCCUCUUCCAACAUAACAAUCGUGGUAACAGAAUGCAACUGCUGAUUUACUGAUGUAUUUAAUGUAAGUAAAAAAGGGGAAAAAAAAAGUGGA